AUGGCGACCCCGUGGAAAUUUCUUGUCUCGUGGAUCGUCGCCAAGGGAAUAAUGAGUGAUGAGCGUGAGGCAGCAAGGCUAUGGCGUAUAAACCGUACCAUUCAUGAGCUAGUAGCAGACAGGGGCUACGAAGUUGCCGACGAAGAAAUUAACGUGGAUCUCGACAUGUUUAAGAGAGAGAUGUCGACAAACGGUGCGAUUGACCGUAAUCGUUUGAAUUUUUUUACCUCCCAUCGCGAUAACCCUAAUGAGCGUUUGUUCGUAUUCUACGCUACGGAACGCAAUGUCGGCGUGAAAACCAUGCGCCAAUUUAUCAAUAUUUUAGAGGAAAGGAAUAUUACUCGUGGCGUGAUCAUUUGGAGCGACAAAAUGACCAGUGCCGCGAAAAAGGUUAUUGAGGCUAUGCGCCUUCAAUUGGUUUUGGAGGACUUUGAAGAAGCAUUCUUGCUUGUGAACAUUACGCACCACCAACUUGUUCCGAAGCACGAAGUGCUGAAAAGCGAAGAAAAGUCCGCUUUACUGCAGCGCUAG